GUGAACUGUCAAUUGAGCAAGUAUUUGACUCUUCCCCCCGCUCCGCCUCAUCUUUUAUUCCGCGUCUUCCCCCCUCGUUCUCGUCGCCCCCCAUUACAGAAAAUCUCACUUCUUCCUUCUCCUUUGCCAUACGCCAUGCAAGCUCUGCAAUCUUUACAAUCCCCUUCUUCUCUCCGCCCUUCCCCACUGCAGCCCCUCCAACGGAAAUUCCGCAAUGCGACCCGACACGCAUUCUUCUCCCAGAGGAAGCUCUCCGCCAUCACUGCCUCUGCUUCCACCACCAAGAAUGUCUCCGUUUCAGCUCCCAAGCGGGAGACUGACCCGAAGAAGCGGGUCGUAAUCACCGGUAUGGGAUUGGUAUCCGUUUUCGGCAAUGACGUGGAUGCUUACUACGACAAGCUGCUGGCUGGGGAGAGUGGGAUCACUCUCAUCGACCGCUUUGAUGCGUCCAAGUUCCCGACCCGGUUUGCCGGGCAGAUCCGGGGGUUUAAUUCUCAGGGUUAUAUCGAUGGGAAGAACGAUCGGAGGCUUGAUGAUUGCUUGAGGUACUGCAUUGUGGCGGGGAAGAAGGCCCUGGAAGAUGCGGAUCUUGGUGGGGAUAAGCUAUCCAAGAUCGACUUGGAGAAAGCUGGUGUGCUCGUUGGAUCAGGGAUGGGAGGUCUUACUGUAUUUUCUGACAAUGUCCAGACUCUAAUUGAGAAAGGGCACAGGAAAGUUAGCCCAUUCUUCAUUCCUUACUCCAUAACAAACAUGGCUUCGGCUCUGCUGGGAAUUGAGCUUGGUUUCAUGGGGCCAAAUUAUUCAAUUUCAACAGCAUGUGCCACUUCUAAUUAUUGCUUCUAUGCUGCUGCAAACCAUAUCCGCCGGGGUGAGGCUGAUUUGAUGAUUGCUGGUGGAACUGAAGCUGCUAUUAUUCCUAUAGGGUUGGGAGGAUUUGUAGCAUGUAGGGCCUUAUCUCAGAGAAAUGACGACCCACAAACUGCUUCGAGGCCAUGGGACAGAGAUCGGGAUGGUUUUGUUAUGGGUGAAGGUUCAGGAGUCUUGAUUAUGGAGAGUUUGGAACAUGCAAUGAAACGUGGGGCACCCAUCAUUGCUGAGUACUUGGGAGGUGCUAUUAACUGUGAUGCUUAUCAUAUGACUGACCCAAGAGCUGAUGGACUUGGUGUUUCUACUUGUAUCGAGAGAAGUCUUGAAGAUGCUGGUGUCUCGCCUGAAGAGGUCAACUACAUAAACGCCCAUGCGACCUCCACUCUUGCUGGUGACCUUGCGGAGAUAAAUGCUAUAAAGAAGGUGUUCAAGAACACUUCGGAGAUUAAAAUCAAUGCAACCAAGUCUAUGAUAGGUCACUGUCUUGGUGCUGCUGGAGGUUUGGAAGCAAUCGCUACGGUGAAGGCUAUCAACACGGGAUGGCUACAUCCUUCCAUCAACCAAUUUAAUCCAGAGGCCUCCGUUGAAUUCAACACAGUAGCCAACGAGAAGCAGCAGCACGAAGUGAAUGUUGCCAUCUCAAAUUCCUUCGGCUUUGGAGGACACAAUUCAGUUGUGGCGUUUUCGGCAUUUAAGCCCUGAGAGUAGAGCUGGAAAAUUCUCCGAGACGGGGACAUCUGCAGUUGUGGUUGUUGGCAACUGAUCUACUAGGCUAAGGAAGUCUGUGCUUACAGAGAAAUGGUUCAGGUUUUUUACGAUUUGUAAUUUUGCUUCUGCACUCUUUUCAACUCCUUGCGGCCGGCCGUUGUGUAGGAUGAAUUUUUGGUCUCUAGCUGAGUCAUUUGUAGCAGAACCAGCAAGAAUAGCCAAGUAGAUAAGUGUUGCGCCUAGUUUUCUGCCUUUGCUCUUUGAUUUGUUAUUUAUUUAUGUUUAGCUUCCUCAGAGCCAUAUAUGAAAUGUCUUUAGUCUGACGGAA